AUGUUGGCGGAACUAUCACAUAGAGAAUUGAUAAAAUUGGCUCAGAAAAAAUGCAUACCACCUUUACUGGCAAAGUUCCAUAAGGGACAGUCCGGCGGGAGAGUUUGUGUUAUUGGAGGAUGUGAAGAUUAUACAGGAGCACCAUACUUCAGUGCCAAUGCUGCUGCCCUGAUGGGGUGUGAUUUGACUCAUGUCAUCUGCGAACACAAUGCUGGUACAGUCAUCAAAUCAUACACUCCAAACCUGAUGGUUCAUCCGUACCUCCGAAUGAGUAGCACCAAAUCAGACGUUGAUAUGGACGAACAGAGAAGAAAAAUCAAUUUGUUGUUGGAUAGGAUUCAUGUUGUGGUGAUUGGACCUGGCUUAGGUAGAGAUCCCUUAAUGCUGAAAUCCAUCAAGGAUGUUAUAAAAUACAUACUUGAAAAACACGAAGGCAAGAUUCCAUUGGUCAUUGAUGCCGAUGGCCUUUAUCUAGUAACUCAAGAUAACGAUGUAAAAGAGAUGUUGAGAAGCUACCCUAAGGGUAGAAUCAUCCUGACGCCAAAUGUGGUAGAAUUCAAAAGAUUAAGUGAUGCUAUAGGCAAGCAGGCUGACUCGCAUACUGAGAUGGGUAGCUUGAUCGCUCAGGAGCUGAACUGCAUUGUGGUGGAAAAAGGCCAGUUGGACAAGAUCUUUUCACCCAAUGGAGAAAAUGACAUGUUGACAAACAACGAAGAAGGUAGCAACAAGAGAGUAGGGGGCCAAGGGGACACUUUAACUGGGGCCAUAUCAUGCAUGCUCGCAUUUAGUCGUGCAAUGUAUGAUUUCAAAAUUUGCGAGCGCGAAGAGAAAGAGGAAUUUUCUAAUGACAAAACUUUAGGAAACUGGAUAGAUUAUGCCAUGCUGAGUUGUUACGUGGGCUGCACAAUCACCAGAGAAUGUUCCCGUCUGGGGUUUAAGGCCAAGGGACGCGCAAUGCAGACCACAGACCUAAAUGAUCGUGUUGGCGAGGUGUUCGCCAAAUUAUUUGGCAGAUAA